AUGGAGGAGUAUAUGGAGGCAAAGUGGGCCGAAAUACAAGCCGACGCCCUGGGCCUACUUCGUGAUCUGAUCCGCACAGACACGCAGAACUUCGAGGAGGCGGGGGGCACGGAAACAGCGGCAGUGGAGCUGCUGAAGGCGCGCUUCGACGAGGCGGGGGUACCCUACGAAGUGAUCGAGCCCAAACCGGGUCGGGGGAACAUCGUAGCGCGCCUUACUGGAGACGGAACGUCGGGGAAAGGUCCCCUCUUGCUGAGUGCUCAUCUGGAUACGGUGCACGCGCCUAAAGAACACUGGGCCGCCGAGGGAUGGAAGCACGAUCCAUACGGAGCCGAGAUAGACGAGGCGGACGGCUGCUUGUACGGACGUGGGGCCGUAGACAUGAAGCACAUGGCGGCCCAGUCCGUAGCUCUCCUCUGCUUUAUAAAGAAGGCCGGCGUCGGUCUCGGGCGCGACCUCAUCUUUGCCGGCUUGGCGGACGAAGAACGCUCCGACUCGGCUUAUGGAGUCAAGUACUUGAUCGAAAAUCGCCCGGAUUUGAUUCAAGCCGAUGUGGUUUUCAACGAAGUUGGAGGUUUUUCAAUGUUCAUAAGCGACAGAGAGGUUUUUCCCGUUCAGUUUGCCGAGAAGGGCAGUGCCAGAGUGAAGUUGACUGUAAGAGGAGAGGGAGGGCAUGCGUCGGUUCACAAUGAUGAAAACCCCAUCGCUAAAGUGGGUUUGCUGGCACACAAAUUAACCCACGGUCGACUCCCUGUUCGGGUUAACCCUGUGAACACAGCCUCGAUAAACGGCAUCGCCGACGUACUCCCGUUUCCAAAAUCGGCCAUUUUUCGUCGUCUCCUCUCGCCCAUGUUCACCAGCGUAAUCAUGAACAAUCUACUCACAGCCGACCAAGUGAACAUUUUCUCUCCGCUUAUGCGCAACACGGCAACCCCUACAAUAAUUGGCGGGGGCGACAAGGCUAAUCAAAUCCCGCCCACAGCCUGGAUGAUCAUAAAUGCUCGUCUCCUCCCCGGCUGCACAAUCGAUGACGUCGUCCAAGAUAUCAAGGAUCUGAUUGGUCCACGUAUGUUCGAGCCAGCUCCAGAUCCAACCGGUGGGGAAGAAAUCCCACCGGAAGUGACGCUAGAGGUGAUGGUAAGUCGUGAGGCCGUCAGCGAAGACUUGACCAACCCAGCCUGCAGCGAAGUCAUGUCGGUCGUAGCAAAAACAAUCGCCAAGCAUGCCGACGGUGCACCAAUUCUCCCGACAAUGGUCCCAGGUUCUACCGACUCGUAUUUUUACUCCAGACACCCGCAGAAACGACCAAUUUGUUUGGGGUUCACUCCCAUUAGGUUUCCACCCGACAUAAAAUUCGGGAAGAUAUUUCACGGAGUGAACGAGCGUGUGCCGGUGGCAGGCUUUAAAUGGGGCGUCAGAGUCCUAGGGGAAGUGGUGUUCGAACUGUGCAGUGCAAAGUUUGAUUAG